AUGAUUCCGGCUAACGACGCAAAUUUGGACAUGCUCCAACGUAUCGAGAGAAUUCAAAACCAUAGAAACGUGCAAGGCGUAAUUUUAGUCAACGCAGAGGGGAAUCCGAUUCGAUCCAAUAUGGACAACUCCACUUCACUCCAGUACACGCGACACGCUGAAGAGUUGAGAUCGAUGACACAGCAUGUGGUCCGAGACCUCGAUCCCGAAGAUGAGCUGGUCGUCCUACGCUUGCGCACUCGAAUGAAUGAAGUGAUGAUCUUACCAGAAAGGGACCAAACAGUGAUCUGCAUCCAAGCUUGUGAAAGUAACCCCGAUGGAGAAGGAUUUUAA